AUGGCGACUCCAUUUGAUCCUGAGAAGCAUGCGGCCGAGUCUAAGGCUCAGCAUCACAUCUCCGAUGCGCCGUCGACUCCCUUGGUCAAUGCCGACAAGCUUGCACGCCGCCUGUCGGCUCGCCAAGUGCAGAUGAUUGCAAUUGGAGGCACCAUUGGCACUGGCUUGUUCUUGGGUACUGGCAGCUCUCUUGCCAAGGGAGGCCCGGCCUCCACUCUCAUUGCCUACGCGAUCUGCGGCGCCAUUGUCUUCAUCACGAUGCUCUCGCUGGGUGAGAUGGCGGCCUUUAUCCCCGUUGCGGGGUCCUUCUGUACUUUUGCAGGACGCUUUGUCGAUGAUGCCCUAGGUUUCGCUUUGACGUGGAAUUAUUGGUUCAAUGAUGCUGUCUCCACGGCUUCCGACAUUAUUGCGCUUCAGCUGCUGUUGGAAUUCUGGACAGAAAAUUUCCCCGGCUGGGCCAUCAGCUUGAUCUUUUUGGUCGUCGUGAUUGCAUUGAAUGUGCUUUCCGUCCGUGUAUACGGCGAGAUCGAAUACUGGCUCAGUCUUUUGAAAGUGAUCACCAUUGUGAUCUUUAUCAUCCUUGGUAUUGCAGUGAAUUGUGGCGGCAACACUGAGCAUCAAUACAUUGGCGGCAAAAACUGGCAUAUCGACGGUGCGCCCUUCGUGGGUGGCAUCGGUGGAUUCGCGUCAGUCUUUGUGACGGCUUCGUUUGCCUAUGGUGGCACCGAGUCGAUUGCCAUUACGGCCGGGGAGACCAAGGACCCGGCCAAGACUCUGCCCAAGGUGGUCCGCAACGUCUUUUGGCGGAUCGUGCUAUUCUACAUGCUUUCCAUCCUGAUCGUGGGACUGAACGUGCCCUGGAAUUACCCGGGUCUUUCCGAGAAGAACAGCCGCACCAGUCCCUUCACGAUUGUUUUUCAGCAAGCGGGUAGUACGGUCGCUGCCAGCUUCAUCAACGCCGUGAUCAUGACCUCGGUCAUCUCCGCCGCCAACCACGCCCUCUUUGCAGGAUCCCGUCUGCUGUACACCCUCGCGGUGGACGGGUAUGCGCCUCGAUUCUUUGGCCAGCUGAACCGCUUCCGAGUUCCCUGGAUUGCCGUGCUGGCGACCUCGGCCAUCAGUGGGCUGUGCUUUGGAGCGAGUUACAUCGGAGCCGGCCAACUGUGGACCUGGUUGCAGAACAUUGUCGGUGUGUCCAACCAGCUGUCCUGGAUCUGUAUCGGUCUGGCUUCUCUGCGUUUCCGGAGUGCCAUCCGGGCCCAGGGUCUGGAGCAUCUGCUCCCGUUCAAGAACUGGACGUAUCCCUACGGGCCCAUCUUUGCCGUGGGCUUGAACUCCUUCCUCGUCCUGGUGCAGGGCUGGAAAUGCUUCAGUCCGCAUUUCAAGGCCGUCGACUUUGUAUCGUACUACAUCGAGAUCGCCAUCAUGGUUGUUAUGUUCCUUGCGUGGAAGUUGAUCAAGCAAACUCACUUUGUGCACAAGUCUGAAAUGGACCUUCAGACGGAUCGAUACGAUGGAGGCCUUGAUGAUCAUCACACUGCCGAGGAGGCCAUGACCUCGGAAAUCAGAAAAGGAUUUGUCGGCAAGGUCCAGCGUUUUGGCCAAUGGUUAUUCUUUUGA